AUGUCAGCAGAUCAUUCCAGGGACCCUUGUCCUAUAGUUAUUUUAAAUGAUUUUGGUGGUGCAUUCGCAAUGGGUGUGAUUGGUGGUUGUGUAUGGCACGGUAUAAAAGGUUUCAGAAAUUCACCUCUAGGGGAACGUGGAUCUGGUGCUAUGAGUGCUAUUAAGGCCAGAGCUCCUGUUGUUGGUGGUAAUUUCGGUGUUUGGGGUGGUCUUUUUUCUACUUUUGACUGUGCGGUAAAGGCAGUUAGGAAAAGAGAAGACCCAUGGAACGCUAUCAUAGCUGGUUUCUUCACUGGUGGUGCACUAGCAAUUAGAGGUGGUUGGAGACACACCAGAAACAGUGCAAUCACAUGUGCGGCUUUGCUUGGUGUCUUCGAAGGUGUCGGUUUAAUGUUCCAAAGAUAUGCAGCUUGGCAGGCUAAGCCAGUGGCGCCACCGUUACCAGACCAGCAACCAAUGCAAGCUUAA